AUGACAGAAAAGAAGAUCACUUUACUCGAUGAGGGAAUGGGUGUGCUGAAGACCCAUAUCCCGAAAGAGCUCAUCGAAGCUAUCAUGCAAAAAGAACUGAAUACACAAGCGAAAUUUGGUGACGAUUGGACGGCGAAAAGUAUCGCCGAUGGAGUGGGCUUUGUCUCCGUUGUUGGUCUGUUAGAGCCAAAGUGGACCGAGGAUGCGGAGGUUCUUCCGGAAAAGUUUAUCGUCAAAAUGCCAACGUGUAUCAACGCGAAAAAAAUGUCGGAAGGGAUCGAUAAAGAAGGGACAACACAAGAAGAAAUUGAUGAGAUGUGGAGUAAAUGGCAAUCGUCUAUUAGAACUAUGCACAACGCUGAAGUGGAAUUUUACGAGUAUCUCACCGAGAAAGCCACCAACUACGAUGAGCUUCGUUUGCCAAAGUAUUUGGAUGAUUUCAAAAUCACUCACCUUUAUGAUGUUUUGCCCGUUGAAAGAGCUGAACAGGCUCUACAAGCCUGGGCUAGGAUACAGGCGUUCACUUACAAUGACGAAUUUCUCGGGAAAGAACUUUUCAAGAAGAACAGCCAUCGGCAAUUGUACGAGAAAAUGAUGGAUUUAAAGAAACUUCAAAAGAUGACAACGAUGGUCGGGAAGCUUUACCCAGAAUUGACGGAUCUUUGCGAAAAAGUGAAUGAGAUUUCUGAAGAGAUUUACGAUUUGGAUGCAUAUGAGGGAGAAUCGAAGAAAACAGGUAUGAAGCCAAUGUUGGCUCACGGUGAUCUCUGGUCGACGAAUGUUCUUUGGAGAAAAUCCGACAACUCGCUGAGAAGUUUGAUCGAUUUUCAGAUAAUCCAUCAUGGGUCACCGGGCGAAGACAUUGCUCGAUUUUUGAUCACUUCAAUGUCCGGAGCGGAUCGGAGAAAAUAUGAAAAUUAUCUACUUGAAAAGUAUCACGGUUAUUUCGAAGAGGCUUUGGAUGGGAAAGAGAUGCCAUUCACUCUCGAGCAGCUGAAAGCCAAUUAUCGGGGCAUUUUCCCGAUGAACGGGCUGAUCAAUUCGGCAAUGUUUGGCCCCGUUUGUCAGUACGCUGUUUUACAGAUCCAAGAUGAAACGGCGAAAGAAAAGAUUAAAUCGGUUUGCGUCGAGAAAUGUCGAGCGAUGUUCGAGGAUUUGCUGAGAAUUCAUGGAGAACGAGAAUCCGAC